AAAAAAAAGCACACAAGAUUUGUUGUUUGAAAUAAAAGAACUUAUAAAAUCUAACAAAGGUGAAGAAGAUUUCUGCCUCACUUCAUCUUUUUUUUUUUCUUAAUUUCCAUUUGCAAAUUGCCUGAACAGGUUUAAUGUUCAGAAUAAUUUAAUACAUGUUGGCGUUAAGGUUUUUUUUAAACAAGGAUAUAUUUCUUAAAUUUGCAUGCAGUAGUGGGAUUUUACGGCGUGUCUAACCACACGCAUGCAAACUGAGUCAGUGAAUUGCCCUUGACCUAUAAUGAGUCUCUUGUCCUUACCAACUGGGAUUCCCGCACCCGUAAAAUGUUUUAAAGGGUCCAAACAAAAGACAGAGAGAACAAAGAGUAACCCCUUCGUUUUUUUCCUUUUUACCACAUGCUCCCCGUGGUAAGGAACACUUGUAAGGUGUUUACUAAGACGACAUGGCUGUAGUAGGCGGUGUCAUCCGUGUUACCUUGGACUCGCCUCCGUCAACCCUAUUCACGUGUGGAAUCUCAUUGUUGUCUGAAGCAUCAUUCAAACUGGUGUUUUAAAGCCAGAGAAGGGGCUGGUGGGGCAGGAGGUGGUCCCAGUUCAUUUAGAGCUGGGUUUCAUGGGUUGGAGAAGGAGAGAGGUGCUACAUCUUCUGGUGACAGUGAGAUUUAGGGAAAGAUUCAAACGGCAGCGGAGUGGCAGAGCAGAGAGAAACUAGAGGGAGAGGAUUUGGAAGAUGGUGUCUAGCGGUGUGGUUUUUACCUGGUUGCUCUUCGCUCUGACAACGGCGGUCUCAGCAGUUCACCUGGAGCCCAUGGUGGAGGGUCAGUGCACACUUUACAAACCGCAUAUGUGAUUCAGGAUCAAAAAUCAGGCAGAAUGCUCUUUUACUACUUGUUUUCUUCACUUCUAAGUUGUAGUUAUUUGUAUAAUUUAAAUACGAGUAAUGUACCUAUUAGGUGUUGAAGGGAAAUCUGACUGGAAGAGUAGGCGUCCUACAAUCAGAAAGUUGUGGGUUUGAUUCCAGUUUUUUCCUGUUACAUAUUGUUGACUUAACUCCAAGUUGCCUUUAUGGAGCUUUUCAGUAUGUUGACAACUUUUAAAGAGAAAUUCACAGUUCUGUAAAAGUUGUUUUUAUUUGCCACACUUAAAUGUUCCUAGUCAUCUAAAACAAAACAAAAAAGCUUGAUCUCACUAAAUAUAAAAUCAGUUGAAACCAACCAUCCCUUAUGUUCCAUUUUUGGACAGCUUAAUUUCACUUCUUACACCUAGUCAAGAACUCACUCAAGUACCUGACUGACAAUAUGAAGUAGGUGUGAUCUAAAUUCAACGGAUGGAAAACAAAGUCGCUGACAUUUAUUGAUCUGAAAAGGUUGACGAAGCCAUUUCUAGUUGUUGGCUUUCACUGGACUGACGAGACAAAGUGCAACCUUUUGAAAGGUGGACAGUACAUGUGCUGAAGUGUUUCAGACAAAUAUCACACGGAUAAUGAAACAUUGUGGUGGCAAUGUGAUAAUCUGGCCCUGCUUUGCUGAUUGAAGCAUAUAUUCUGCUCUCCUAUAGAGAGAAUCCCAAACGAGAAUGUCUGGUCCUCGGUUUGUGACCUUCAAGUCAAACAAAUUUCUGUUAUGUACUAGGAUAAAGAUUCAAAGCACAACAUCAAGUCCACUUCUGACUGAAUGGCUCAAAUUGAACUUAAAGGACGACUCAGGGUCAGGACUUCAAUCUUGUUGAAAUAACAUGGAUUGACCUUGCUUUCUCUAAAGGGAUUUUUGUGUCCUCUUGUUUGAACUCCCACCCCCCCCCAUUUUUUAAACAUCAGAGCUCAAUGAAACGGUGUUUUGUACCAAUGACCACAUGGACGUCAUGAUUCCAAGUGCUUUUUUCCUCAACAAGGUGCCUCCAGUUGAUGUCGAUGAUUUGCAUCUAAAUGAUCCAGAAUGCAGAGGAGGAGAAAUCGGGGACAACUUCGUUUUUAGCAUCAGGACAAAUCUCUCAGACUGCGGGACCAUAAUGGUCUCUGAUGAUACACACAUCAUGUUCAUCAACACCAUACACAAUAACUAUUCAGACAUCAUCACGAGAAACUACAUAAACAUCACGUUCGUGUGCCGCUACCCCAUAAACUACAUGGUCCAACAACCCAACAGCGAAAACAUGAUCCGAGUGGACGUCCGAAGCAUCACCCUGAACACUGAGGAUGGGAAUUUCUCAGUGUCAAUGCUGCUGUACAAAGACGAAGCCUUUGAGGACAUGUGGACAACUGUGCCGUCCCUGACCCUGGAUGAAAACGUCUUUGCCAAAGUUUUUAUGAUACCGGCUCACUUGAUGCUCCGUUUGGAGAGAUGCUGGGCCACACCCACCAGGGAUCCAUACGGCAACAUUCAGUACACCUUCAUCAGAGACAGUUGUCCAGUGUUGGCCAACAAACAGACUCUCAGCGUCUUGAAGAACGCCGAAGGUCCAGAGGCCAUGUUCAGGAUACAGAUGUUUAAGUUUGUCGGCAGCUCUUACGCUUACAUCUUCCUGCACUGCAAUGUCCAGAUCUGCCACAGCAGCCUGAGUGUGUGUAAGCCAAACUGUACCACCGAAGACGGACAGAUGAGGACACGGAGAGACGCCCCACUGUCCCACACCGUGUCCUAUGGCCCAAUCAGACGACUGCUCACCGCCAUUGAAAAACCCAAUCUAAAUCCCAGCAGUUUCCCUCCGGUGGAGACUCUUGUACUGGGAGGUUUGAUGGUCGUCUUGCUGCUCAUCACUGGGGUGUUUGGGAGGCUGUGGCUUCGCUCCAGGCGUUUCUACCCACCACAGGAGGCACAGCUCACCCUAUCUAACAUUCACCACAUCUCAGAGGUGGCUUCAUGAAGUGAAGCUUUUAUAGCACUGACAAAUGGACAUAAACCUCACAUAUACAGAUGUAAUUGUAACAACAAAUGUUAUUAGUGUUUCUUGUUCAUAUUUUUUUAUUAUUAUUGUUAUUUUAAAGAAAUGACUAAGUCAUCAAUCAUUUUUUUAACAUCUCUUUCAGAGUGUGAUAUU